AUGGCCAACAGUGCGGACUCAAGCCACUCCAGCUUGAAGGACCUAUUAAAUUCGCAUCCGCAGACGAGACACGAGAAUGGUUACUAUCCGUCGGAAUCUGCACCGUCAGCAUCAUCAUCACCCUCAUCAUCAGAUAUCCCUGCGCGCGACCCGCCUGUGCCGAACCUAUCCAAACUUCUUAGGGGGAAGGGACGAGAAUGGGAGGCUCUAAAAGCUAAGCCCAGGCCGUUACAGCUUCUAGACCUUCCAGUCGACAUUCUAAGGCUUAUCGCCAAGGAGGUGACCCACACGAACGACCUAACAUCGCUAGCUUUAACGAAUUCCACACUCUAUUAUCUCGCCAUACCUCAUAUAUACGCCCGCUUCGAUAUAGUCUGGCCAGAUGAUACUGUCCCCCCCUCCGACAGUAAAAACGUCGAUGCACUGACUUAUGGGCUGGCCACCUUGUGUCUGGGUAGCAAGUUCGCUCAGCGGGCAAGAUGGCUGAGAGGAAGCUCUCUCCCUUAUUUGGAGUCCUCUUCGAGGCUUUCCAAUAACCAGUAUGCGAGAUAUACUCGCAAAUUUUCGCUCGGCAACGGACCUAAGGACUGGACAUCCGAGUACAUGGUCACUAAAGAGAGCGGGAAGAUGCUAGGAACAUUGGUGGCAAUAGCUGUCGGCAAGAUGGUAAACUUGGAAACGUUCGUAUGGGAUAUGCCGACGGGGGUUAUAUCCGAAGUUUUCAUGGCCCUAGCGUCCCUCCAAGAUCAUUAUCCGGAGGGCCAGUCCAAGCUGGAGAAGGUUUGGGUUCGCUGGCACGAUAAUUCCGAAAUCCAAGAUGCGUCGUCGUCCGUUUCUAGUCCAAUCCAGGGCCCCUUGCCGCCUCUUUCUGUCCCUAUUGGAAGUACAGUCACUCCUGUCGGGAAUACUUUGCCUAGUGAUUUCCAUCCGUCUGUAACGCAGCCAAUUAAAUACUCCGAAAGCCAUGUCGAAUAUCCGACUUUCAGCGUCCUUCCGCCCCUCAAAAGCUUGACAGUUCUAGACAUCGACGAACUUGCUUACUUAGACGAGAUGUCGGUGCUCAUCGAGCGUUCAAAGUCCUGUCUCCGCGAGCUCCGAGUCGGGAUAUCACAGAGGGCUCGUAUGGCGGAAUUUGUGCUGACCUGGGAUAGCUACACCUUACAGCAAGUUGAUCACGAUGCUCGCUGGCCCGGAGAAAGUCGGAUUGGAGAAAGGAGACUGGGGGGUGUCCUCGGGGUACUAGUUGGCAGGAUAUAUGAUAUACGGCGAAAACCUACUACGAAGGUUCAGAUAAAGGAAUCGCUUGAUCCCGCCCUAGAACACGGCUCUGCGUCGCAAUUUGAGACCGGGUUUAGUUCAAGUUCUAACGGCGGUCUUUCGCCUAGGGAAAUGCCGCCCCUGAACCAGCCUCGGCCUAGUGUCUCUUCAGCUUUAGGCCAGGACAGCAAUGAAUCGUUCGCGGAAAGGAAACGUCUCGAUGGAAAGCUCCAACUAGAAACGUUAGAACUCGAACGAGUGCCACUCUCAUUGCAUGUUUGCACAAAAGCCUUUGACUGGAGCGUCCUCACAAAUCUGACGAUCUUGGAUUGCAUGUUUGUUGAGCACCUCUGGAGGACUCUAAAAAGACAAUUUCACCCUACCCCCCCUGCUCACGGCUCACCCCCUGGAACACCGACCCAGUAUCACUUGGCAUUGAAGCACAUACAUACCAACACACCUUCCAAUACUCUAAUUAGUUUCAUUAAGGAAACGCUUGCACCUAAUAGCUUAGACGUGCUUUUCUUGCAAGACCGACGGCGGGUGCCUCAUUCAGCUGUGAAACUUGACCAGGUAUUCAAAGGCGCGAUCAAGCGUCAUCGGUUAAGUCUCAAGAAGCUCCUCCUCGAUAGUUCGGAUGAGUCAGGAGAGGGCCGUCGGUGGGAGAGCUGGGUGCUUAGUAGUGAAAUGAUAUCCUACAUCACUAGUGGGCGAAUGCCGAAUCUCAGAGAACUUGCUGUGGCAAUUGAUUACAAGGACUGGCAUGUAUUUCUUCAACGGCUUCCGAACAUCUCGCAGCUUCGCUCCCUGCAUUUAACUCAUAUAUUAGGGCAUAUAUCUGGAAAUUUUGACCCCAAAGAGCUUGCCUUGCAGCUAGUUGAUAUUAUUACCUUACGGACAGAGAUUCAGCUUUGCUACGUAGGUAUAGGCAACAAAUGCUUCGAGAUACUAGAGACCCGUUCGAGCGAGGGCAGUAAUAGUAAUUCUGAUGUCGGACUGGGUGGCAAUCACAAUGAGGACGUGCCCAUCGUGAUUGAUAUGGACGACGGCAACGAUGAUGACGGUAGUGAGGCUGACGAAGAAACGGAAGAGGACGACGACGACGAUGAGGAUGACGAGGAUGACGAGAACGAGGAUAAUGCCAAUGCGGGCGCGGCGGGCGCUGGAGAUGACAUGACAGAUUUGUCUGACGAUGCUGAGUCUGAGAUGGACUCGUUACAAGAAGACGAUACAGUAGGGUCAGCAGCACGGCUCCGGUUACGUGAGAUACUGUUUUACGAUGACAAAGUCGCCAUAUUUAAGGCGAGGCACGGCAGGCUAUGA